AUGGGAGACUCGCCGUCCAUCAAACAUACCAUCCUGCGGGAUGGCACGCCGAAGGAGGUAGCCAAAUACCUCAAGCAGCUCAGAACCAACGCCGCCGAUCCGGCAUCCAUCACAUCCAGUCUACAUGACGCGGUCGUUCAAGGUUCCAUCUCCCAUGGCGUCUUCUCAAUUUGGAUUCCCAUAUCCGACGAUGCAAAGUCAAUCAUAGCAGCACUCAGCCAGUCAGAGAGCAUGCACGAAAGACAUGUGGCCGUCCGGGCGUUCCUCAAGGCCAUGCGGUCGCCAAAGACGAUGACUUCCUUAUGGGACGCUGCGGGCGGCGCUCAAGGAGUCGCAGCAAUCAUGAGUAAUCUCAGCGUCGAUGAGAUCAAGAUGCUAUGCAAUGGCCUUGCCAAGACAGCUUCUCUCUCCCAGGGACGUUCGCAGAGACAUGCCAAACUCACCGAGUUGGUCGACAUCCUCGGCGCCGGAAUCCCAAUUCCCAAGGAAAACCCGGAUGCAAGGCCGCUGCUACCUUAUUACAGGAGAAUCUUGCCGGCUUGCACAACCGAGCGAGUGGUGGAGCACGAAGCGACAUCGCCGAAAUGGACAGCGAGACAACGCUCCAUCUUACUGCGCACGCAUCCAGCAUUGUACGAAGCCAAGUUCCUGGAAUCAAUCUUCUCGUGUGAAGAAUCCCAGACUACAAAAUUCGACGUUGACACGUGGACGCGGCUUUUCAACAAUAACUUUGGCUUUGGCAAGAAGGUGUUGCUCAAGUUCCUCGACGCCGGUGAUAAACUCCCUGUCAAGCCAGGCGUGUUCAUCUCGCAGAUCGCUGUGCCCAUUGCAAGACGCCUACGACGGCGCAGAACAGCCGCCGAGCACCAUCUCCCCCAUGAUGUACUCGAACUUCUCGCUCAGCUGAUCGGCAGACAUUCCGCUCUCCACAGUACGCUGGACGAGAGCUUGAAUGGAAUCAUCUUUCAUGCCAUCAAGUUCUGGGAGCAUACGCGCUCGACGCGGCCGCGAGUUGAGCAGCACUUGAUCGAACUGUUGAGCCUUGCGCCCGAGACGAGAUUCCAGUCUGCAGACUCGAUCGUCCCGCUUCUACGCGCUGUCAAGCCGGCCGUGUCCUACCGCUUAUUCCGACUCAUGCUCCAGCAUCUACGAGCUUACCGCAUUGACAUUGACGACGAUACUGGCAGUGACGGCAGUUCUUUCAAGAAGCUCAGGGGACUAUGGCCAGCAAGCUUCUUCGUGACGAUGCUCGGAUCCAAUGAUCGGCUUGCGUCUCUCCGCCUCUUCCAACGUCUGAUGGCUGUUUUCCCCGACGGAUCUUUCUUGAAGCGUUCAAGCGAGAGGGUGGGUUCCAUCUUUGAUCAUGAGCAAGACCCUGAUUCGAUCAGAGGUGAUGGGGUGGCACUCGAAGCUUUUCUUCUACGGACAUCAUCAGCUCCGCGCUCAUUAGAUCCGGGUCACGACAGCAAGAUAGACGCGGAUUUGCAGGAGCGCAGAAGAAAGGCAUCCUCAAGCCGUGAUUGGGAGAGCCGAGCCUUUUGGGCUCGGUCAGCGCUCAACCUCUCCAUAGCGGCGGGCUCGUUGGAGGUCUACGCAGAAAACCUGCUUUGGGUGAGACGCUUCAACAAGGACAUACAUGCAGUGAAGGAAAUUUACUCUCACCGGGCCUUGAAGACUGCCGAGGGAAUAGACUUGCUCAGCGGCAUUGCGGUAGCUUCUUAUGCGCGAAACCCGGAUUUCGAUGCUGCAAAAGUCAUCCGGUCUGCGAACAAGAUUCUAAUGCAGCUACUGGAAACCGCAUCAAUGGCCCUUGGAGAACCAAGCUUCCAGGGUCAUGACUGGCACGCCGUCACCACAGUGCCUGCAGCGGUGGUGGAAAGGCGAUUCCGAAUGGUCAAUGAGUUCCAAGAUGCUCGAAAGUUGACAGACGCCGAGGUCUACGACGUCGUCUGGCAGCCGACUGUGGACUUCUUGGUUGAAGCAGAAACCUUCAUGCUUCAUGCCGACCAUCACAAGCUCUACCCCAGCGGAUUCGUUGGGCUUCUCACCAACACGGACUGUUUUAAUAAGUGCGAGGUGAGGACCCACGUCGUCAGAUUCGUGGACGAGCUCGCCAAGGCCCGCAACGUCUUGUGGGAGAAACACCGCCCUCAGCGCUUCCCAUCGGUUCUCACUUUGGAAGAGCCCUGGCCAAAGGGGCUUUCGGUGCAAUCUCUCUUACCGCACGAUUUCUACGACCUCAAGGACAUUGAUAAUAUGCCCUACAUCCGACAGAGGAUUGAGAAAGUCGUCUUUGGAGCUCCAGAGGUCUUGCUUCAAGAGCCUCCAAAGGACAAAGAGUCUCGGGCGGCGAUAGGCAGAUUUGUGGACUACUAUGAUUUUGCCCUGAAAGCAUACGUCAAUGGCCAGAAAGCAAACUCUCAGCGAGAAGAGCGCGCCCGAAAAGCCUGGCACCAUGCAGUUGACCAGCUCAGCGGGACGAGAAUGACAAAAGCCGAAGCCUUACGAUUCUGGGAUAACCGAUUCAAAUCCAACCGCAUCAGACUACCUACAGAUGUUAAAGCUGAGUUUCCGAGACGAGAUGAGCCUGCCAUUCCGCCCGUCGAUGAUCCUGAAACGCCAACAGAAUGGAAUCCAGAUCCUAACCACUUGGAAUUUGAGGAACUUCAUCGCAAAGAAAUUCCCAUCAAGAUCUUAGAUGAGAUGACAACGGGCAGUUUCAUUUUCUCCGGAGACUCUGGGAUCUGGGGGAUGUCUAGUUUGGUAGGCUCAGCCUGGGUUCCAUUCAGAAAUGCUACCAAUUUUUGGGACGCAAAGCAAUUCACGGGGCCUCUUUCUGGGAAAGGUGUCGACGCCUUUUCCGCAUCCUUCCUUCUCACUCUCAACACCAUGCAUGGAUGCGGCAAUUCUAUCUUGAAGCAACCAUUUCCAUCCACAGCCGAUGUGCGAUAUCCGGCGUUGUAUCUGGACCAGGAGUUCAUUGAAACUAUUGAUGAAAACUUUUUCUACAAAAACGAGGCCCAGGCGCUCCAUAUCUUGAGAUCUGGCCCACCAGCACUGCUUGCACAGGUUGUGCAAUCGAUCCUCCAGAAUGUCGAUGGAAACGAAGAAUCAGAGUCUCGAAAGCGUGCCCCUAAUCGCCUGGCUAUGAAGCUUAUCAAGGUGCUCGCCAGCAGCGACCAACCCUCUCUAGCCUUCCCUUUCAUCAGGGACGUUAUUCUUAGCAGGCCGAGCGACAGCGCCUGGCACCGAGAACUUCUUACCAAGGGAUUCUUCAACACCAUACCUCCGAUGGAGGCGAAAAAGCUGCUCGGCAUGAUCUCACUCGGCAUACAGGAAAAGCUGAAGGAGCAGCAGGUCAGAUACAGAAAGGCUAAGGAGGAGGACGGUGAGCCAGUCGCCCAGUCUGCACCCGCCGUCAAAGUCACGACGGUAAAGAUGCUGGCAAAGCUUCUCAGCAAUGCGCCAUUCCUAGACAUUACAUCAGCUAUUGACAUUCUCGUCGGUGUUCUGACCAAAGCUCAGCACAUCGAUAUUCGGGUGGCCAUCAUCCAGACCAUGUUCGAUACCCUAGAUUUUGAGACAGCCUCGGCCGAUGUGAAGGACCGAAUCUUGGUUCUUCUCGAGGAUCUCGCCGUGCCACUCGCAGCAUCCCUCACUGAGCGACGUCCAAUGACCGAAACUGAUUGGGAUAAGGCAGAGUCUGAUGGCGAGCUACCCGAAGUGGCCGACGCAACUGAUCAAUCAGCAGCCCCUAUCCGGUCUCUGUUCUAUCGUCUGGAUCAAAGACUUUGCAACGACCCCGUUUCCAAAGCAAAGCUGGCCAGUAUCACGGAACGGUUGAAAUUGCAGUCUGCGGAGAACAAUAGACGAUGGUUGGAGUUGUUCCUCAGAAAGAACGGUUUCUCACUGCCUCCUGGGGAAAGCCUCCCACUCACCCCUGUGGAUCCAGACAUGCUCAAGAUUUUCCCAAGAUCCCCGGAAUACUUUUCGCGGCCCACGUUUGAAAUGCUGACCCAGUACGUUCUCGCCAAUCUUCGGCCCUCUCCUGGCGUAGUUGCCAUCAACAAGAAAGUCAGAAGCAACUCUAUCCUAGCCAUGUCGAAUGCGGGAAAACACUGGCUGCUGCUCUAUGGCGCAGAUGAACAAAAGAUCGCGCUUGGCGGCUGGACCGACUGUCUAGCACGGAUGCACCAGACCGACAUGAGCAAGCAGGUUGUAAACCCGAAUGACCGCAUCACCGUUGAAAUGCUCCAGCAGUUCGCAAAAGACUUUGCAGACGGGCUUAUCAGCCACGGCAUCCCAUCUCAUGUUGAGGCGCUGUUCAAGACCAUGUCUUCAACAAUGGUGAAAGAGAAGAAUCCCGAGGCUUUACAGCGCUGGCAAUCGACGACACAGCCGGUGUUACGAUCAAUCAUCACGAGGAUCGAGGAACUGCGCACUGCCUCUUGGCAGCGUGACCUGAAGCGCAAGCCCAAGGCCUUACCAGACACAUUUCAUUUGAAGAUAGAGAUGCUGGCCUUUCCUCCAGGGGCUGCUGACCUUGACGCUUCAUUUGCCAAGGAGAUUUCGGCCCUGAUUGAUGAGUUGGCAACCGGCCAUACUCCGUACCAUAACAAUUGGGCUCAUCUGAGGCACUGGCUAGCACGUGGCUCUCCCGCAUGGAUGCCACGUCUCGCGUACCUAGCCGUCCUCAUGGGUGAUCUCUCAAACGUCAAUGUUGAAAACCCCACGCUGGCAGAUUACAUGCGAAUUGAGAUGGCCAAGGAUUUCAUGAUGCGGGCUCAUAAUCCCCAUGAUAAAAACGUGGUUGCUAAGUUGAAGGAGAUGCUCCGAACAUGGGCAGAGUGCCCUGUAGAAAACUUUCGGAGCGAUGCGAAGGAUGGACUCGCUAGUUUUCACAACGGAUGGGGUUCUGACUGGUUUACUGAAGACGGUGGUCUGGAGUGGGCAGACGAGGAUUCCGAUGAGGAAAGUUCUUGA